ACCUUUUUGUCCAUGGAAUGUCCAAUCGACACGUUCUCCCAAGAAACCACUGCAAGUGUUGUUUGCCGAGACCCUGAACCUUCAACGUGCGGGGACUUGCUUUCCUACUUUCUUACACCUGCGGAGUAUGUCGUACAGAACGGUUGCCUUGUAUUAACUUGUUCUAAUAACACUUUGCCAUUUAUAAAGGCUCAAUUUCAAUUUAGUGAAAUAACACCACCAAAUGGUUUUUCCUAUUUAACUGCUUUUGAAAUCAGCCCUCCAAACUCACUGGAAGAAAUGGGUGGUGCCAGCCUAGCUAAGCACUUUGGAAUCAUUUGUGAUGACGACGUGUGGAAGGCCACAAAAUAUCCAAAUGGAAUUACAUAUACCCUAGCUCCACCGAGUUUCGCGGAUGGUUCAUUGGACGGGAAGAAAACUGAUGUGCUUCAGAUAUCUUGGUGA